AGGGUGCGUUUGAUCAUCGAAUGAAAUGCUGGCAGAAAUGGCAAGAUGCUCAGGUCACUUUACAAAAAAAACAUGAAGCUGAAGCAAAGCUCCAACUUGCCAACAGACCUGAUAAACUGCAGCAAGCUAAAGAUGGUAUAAAAGAGUGGGAGACAAAAGAUCAGCAAGGGGAAAAAGAUUUUGAACAGAUCUCCAAAACCAUUCGUGAGGAAGUGCAAAGAUUUGAGAGGGAACGAGUGAAAGACUUUAAAACUGUUAUUAUCAAGUACUUAGAAUCAUUAAUGCAAACACAACAGCAGCUAAUAAAAUGCUGGGAGGCAUUCCUACCUGAAGCCAAAUCCAUUGCCUAAAAGAAGACUAUUCCAAAUAACAAGAGACUCUGAAUGUUUGUCCUGGAUAAAAACUAAAUUCCACACUGAAAUCACUUCAAAAUCAUCCAAAUAAACCACUAUAUAUUUUAUGAAUUAACACGUGGUGGUUUUAUAUAUCAUAACAUUUUAUUAACAAGCUGUAUGUCAUGACCCUCUUUGAAGUGGACUGUGGCAUGUUGUUCUGCAAUACAUUGCUGAAUUGAACACUACUUGCACCAAAAUGUGCACUGUAAGGCCAGAAAGCAGAUAUUUUUGUUCUUUACAAUAGUGUUCUGUAGUAUGUUUACCUGAUCUUUGAAAGAAAUUUAAUUGCGUUGAUUAAUGUUCACUUACACAUUCCUGUACAAAAUCAUGUUUCUGUGAUUAUGAUAAUAAAGAAAUGUAUCUUGUGAA